GUACACACUCCGUCGUCCGCCCGGGCCGCCGCCGGUCGCUAUAUAUUAGCCCACCCACCGCCGGCUUCCGUGUUUCGCGUCCUGCACGCGCGGUGGCGUCGGUUUGUGUGUAUAAUAGCGACAACACACUACCGCCGCCGCCUCGGUCUGCACGCAAUCGAUUGCGCGUCGCGUUACGACGUCGCGCGCGCACACGCACACGCCGCGCGCGUAUACACGAUAUACAUGUAUAUACACGUACGUAUAUUAUAACACGCCGAUGGUAUACUCUGCGUGGUGCACGUAAUAACGCGAGCGCGCGCGCGCGCGCGGGUCCGCUCGACGGACGGGCGGGGAUGUCGCCCGAGCCGCGUUCCGCGCGCGGCGCUUGUUUUAUAACUCUGCCUCGCCGUGUGCGUGUGCGCGUGUGUAUAAUACGAUAUAUAUAUAUACAGUAUACACGUAUACACGCACAUAUAUGAUGCGUGCGUAUACGUUUGCGCGUUAUACGCGCGACGUCGACGCCUAGCAGCGAUUCCCUCGGCCGCCGUCGCGCGUACCGCAUUAUAAUAUACCGCGCGCGCGGCGCAUAUAACGGCGGCGGCGACGGAAAAUUUAUUAUUAUUAUCGUUGUAUAUUAUUUUAUAAUCGCAGUCGCAGUCGCAGUCCGAGCGUCGCGUCAAAACCCGCGCACGUCGUCGCACAGUCGCGCAUUCGCGUACGCGCGCAUAAUAUAUCAUAAUAUAACGUCGCACAAUAAUAAUCUUUGCAUCGCCUACGACUGAUGCCGCACGCGUUGUAUGUACAGGCGUCGGUUUUAAGUAUAUUAUUAAUAUUCUUAUUACGUUUCCGCGACAUCAAAAAUAACGGCGCGCGCCCGAAGCGCAUGUACUCACCCGCGUCAUAAUAAUAACAAUUAUUAUUAUUAUUAUUUAGCACCUGUAAAUAUAUUGUGAUAUAUUAUCAUAAAUCGCUUUGGCCGUGCGAUGUACAAUAUUAUAUAAAUAUAAUAAUAUUAUGAUAUCGUUCUAAUAACAUAUAUAUUAUAAUAUUAAUAUUAUACGCGCGCGGCCGUUGUGCGCGGUCAGAGUAGUCGCGCACCGUCCGAUCUGCGGUUCCCGACAUGAAAAAGGCGGCGAGCAAAGUGCGCGACGAAAAACUGUUGGCCGCGGUGCGCGAUCGACCGGUGCUCUACGAUCAGUCAAUGCACGUGUUCAAGGACUACGGCGCCAAGAACGCCGCGUGGAAAGAAGUGGCCUCCGCCGUGGUCGGUUCUCAGGACAAACAGGCCGUCGAACGGUUGAAAGUCCGUUGGAAAACGCUACGGGACGGUUUCGUCAGGCAUUUGAAGAAGAAAAAGACGAUGGAGAUGUAUACUGCGGCCGCAGCCAUGCGCCCAUACAAGCUAGAAAGACAAAUUGCGUUCCUGUUGCCACACGUGUCCUUCCGUGACGAGGACGACAACGGCGGUAGCAACGACGACGAGGAUACUUCUUCACUGCUGAUGGCCACCGAUAUCAAGACCAACGAAUGUGAAUCAUCGGCAUACGAUCAACAGUCAGCCGCCGAAAUGCUUUACGAACAGUCCAACAUGGACAAAACGUGCAGCGAACACGAAGCCUUGGACCGGUCCAUACACUUCCUGUGCGACCAGCGGUACAAACAGGCGGCCGCCACAAAUUACAAAUUGGAAGAUAUGGACUCGGUGGACGCAUUCUUCCAUGCCAUGGCACAAACAGUCAAACAGUUGAAACCUAUCACUGUGGCAAAGAUCAAAAGAGCAGUGUCAAUCAUUGUGUCAAAUGCAGAAAUCGAAGAGAUGGAAACUGUCCCGUGCGGAAGGUUUCCUGUGACCGUUCCUAUCACAAAUGAAUCUAAAAAAUAAAAUUUCAAGUGCUAUGUUAUGUUUGUAUAAAAAAUAAAAUUAUGUAUUAUACUAUUAUACACAUUUAUACUAUAAGGAUUAGAUGUUAAAUAUAAUAUUUUAGUAUAUAAUGUUCAACGUUAAACUUGAUAAGAAUAAAAACAAUAAGAAGUACUACUUGUACUUGUGGAGAA